AUGAAGUUUUCUGCAGUUUCCCUCCUUCUGGGAGCUGGUUCAGCGCUCGCAGCACCCACGGAGCGUUCCGAUAUCGACGACCGACAGGUACUCUGGCUUGCUGGCGACAGCACGAUGGCACCGGGCGGUGGACACAACGGGACCCAGGGAUGGGGAGAGUACCUGCACUACUCCCUCGACUCGUCAAAGAUCCGAGUCAAUAACUCUGCGUAUGCUGGGAGAAGCGCGCGCACUUUUACGAGAGAGGGCCGGUUCCAGCGGAUCAUUGACGAAGUCAAGGCUGGGGACUGGGUUGUGAUUGAGUUUGGUCACAACGAUGGACCUGGAAACCCGAUCAACGACACAGUCAAGAACCGAGUCGACUGUCCCGGCAUUGGAGACAAUGUCUGUCCUGUGCUUUUCAACAACCAAACGGAAGUAGUGCAGACAUACACUACCUACCUUCGCAACGCCUCCUCAACUUUCCUCUCCCUCGGCGCCCGCGUGGUGAUCUCAACCUCAACCCCCAUAAACCCUUACUCGGCCGGCACAUUCUCUUGGACGCCGACCAUCUACGCGUGGUACUCGUGGUACGUCGUCGAAUCCCUCGGCGGACCCGCAGCCGGUAUCUACUACGUUCCGCAUGGCAACUACAGCGCCCAGGCCCUUCAGGUGCAGGGCCAGCAGGCGGCUGUCGAGGGUUAUCCCAUGGAUGCCGUGCACAUGUCGCCGAAGCUGGCGGAUUCGUUUGCUGGGGCUUUCGUGUUGGGCCUCAAGUGCGGCACGCCGCCGCUGCAGGAGUAUGUUGUUAAUGCGACAUCGAGACUGGAGGGGGGUAGACUGGGAACUUGCCUCCAGGUUAAUGCGACGCUGCCCAUUUAA